UUUUUCUUUCCCAAACCAUUCUUGCAAAAAAAUACUGAUUCAAGUAUUAAUCAAUAUUAAACUUAACCCAAAUUUGUUGCAGAUGAGGCACUAAACCUUAGUCCUAUUUAGCCCAAACCAAGCCCAACUAGAGCCUCUUGCGGAAACGAAAUGAAGGGAACUCGGUAAGUGAAGAAGCAGCUCGUUCUAUCCUUGCUUGCUUGGUUCCAACCGGGAAGCCAACAGGCCAUGGAGCUUGAAACUUAUGCAUCAGGAAAACGAGAUGAAAUCCACACUGACGUGCUUCUGAAAGCCAGGCAAGCAUGCUACAAGGCUCGCGAUGCAUUUUAUUCUUGCUUGGAAAAGCAAUCGGACCAGAAACCAACUGAAAUCGGGUCAGUGGGGCUGCUUUACCCCGCUGAAUGCAAAGGCUCCAGGGAAGAGUUCGUUAAGCAUUGCCGCGCUUCUUGGGUGAAGCAUUUUGAUAGGCAGUAUUGUAUGACGAAGAGGACGCAGAGGUUACUUGAUGAUAGGGAAACGAGGAGAGGUCCGUUGUUACUUCCACAGCCUCACACUUUCAAGCGUCCAACCUCUCCUUGAUUGUUUAUUGAAGCUUUUAGACCGUCAGGGUCUGCUUUAGCUUGUUGAAUACUUCUUGUUGAAACUGCACUUGUACAGUAUUUAGGAUAUACAAUAACAUAAAUGCUUUUUUUUUAUUGGGAAAUUGGAUAUCUGAUAAUAAAGAAAUAUCGAUUUUUUGAAUUUGGA